AUGUCCGGCUCGGUCUCAGCUGAGGACCCGCUGGAGACGUCUGGAACUGCCCGACGGCCUGGUCACCCAGAGCUCCCUCAACCGAUAACGACAGUCGAAGCUUCGGUAGCUACGACAUCUACGACCACCUCUGCUGGAGUACCCGGUGCCAUCCUUACGACGCAGUCGCCAGUGACAUCGACUUCUCAAGUGCCCUUACCGCAUCAUGUGGCUUCCACGCCGGGGGAUGAGAUAUCACGGCCGCAGGUCGCCAGUAGUGACACAUUCUCGUCUCGAUAUCCGCCACCCCUCGUCGGUCCAGGGGUCCCGCAACUGUCUUCAACGGCAUACUCACAUCCCCCGUUCGGGACAUCGCCAUCUGCGGCCAGUGCCCGAGCUUUACCGCAAAAGGGGACUCGACGGACGAAGCCACACGUCGCGUCCGCGUGUGUGAACUGCAAGAAGAAGCAUUUGGGUUGUGAUACAGCCCGGCCGUGCCGGAGAUGCGUUUUGUCUGGCAAAGAGGCAACAUGCGUCGAUGUCACACAUAAGAAGCGAGGAAGGCCACCGCUCAAGGCAGAAGAGGCGUCCUUACGGGCAUACGCACAAGUAGACAGUCGCGGAGCGUCCGGAGAGCAGCAUGGAACCCAGCUGAGACGCAGUAUGCACAGGGCGACUUCUUCCAGGGAACUCCGGCCAAUGACGGACCUUCAGAUGCCAGGGGGAACAACCGCAGCGAUAGGACUGAGGGCUGCGCCGACACAAGCACAUCGCUGGCCACCUUCGGCGUAUUCCCCGAUUGUGGACCCUGCACUUUCAAUGCCGAGGAGCAUGGGUCAUAGGCGAUUCUCAUCCUCCGGGUCAAUCCAGUCCAUGACAGCGGCGUCGCCGCCAACCUUCAUUCCGAUGACUACUGCGUUUAACCCGGCUAUAGGUGCGGCUCGCAUGCCUCCGGGAAUGGGGCGACCGAUCUCCUCGUACACAAACCAAGCAUUGCAGCCUGGAACAUCACCGCCGCAAUACCAGCAAUCCUUUGGAAUGCCUGUCUCAUACCCCGAGAAUCCGAGGAUGGGGCAUCGUCUAUCAGUCGGUGAACCCUCAGGCAGGGAUCCCCGUGAAACGUACAUGGAAUCACCUGUGAGACUUCCGCCUAUCUACCCGCCGACAAUGACAACCCCCGGAUCCAGUCCUCACCCACAUCGACUGAGCGACCCAUAUCCGACACUGUGGUCGCCCCGCACCCGGGAACAGUUUCUGCAGCAAGACCAGCGACACCAGGUUCCAGCGCAGGGACUGAUCGCCCCGAUAUCGCCCACGAGCCAUAUGCGUCAGACAAUGGGUGAAUUCAGCUACGGAGACGCCUCGUCGCGACCGCUUGCGCCUGUCUCGGAGGCUACACCCCGACACCUCUCGAUAUCUUCCUCGCAUGGGCGGAAUGAGCCAUCGUCAGAAUUGGACACCAGCGACUCUCGGCCCGCCAAACGACAAAAGAUGGCUUUGGACGAUAUGGUGAACGAUUAA